AUGAAGAUGGUGGAGAUGGAGGUGAAGAAGGGAAUGGGGAUGAAAAUGGUGGAGAUGGAGAUGAGGAUGGCAAUGGGAUUGGGAAUGAAGACGGGGAUGGGAAUGAAGAUGGUGGGAAUGAAGAUGGAGAUGGGAAUGAAGAUGGUGGGAAUGAAGAUGGUGGGAAUGAAGAUGGGGACGGGAAUGAAGAUGGUGGGAAUGAAGAUGGAGAUGGGAAUGAAGAUGGUGGGAAUGAAGAUGGUGGGAAUGAAGAUGGGGAUGGGAAUGAAGAUGGUGGGAAUUAAGAUGGUCGGGAUGCGGGUGAGGGAAUCUGACCUGUUCCUGCUGGAUGUCCAGGACCUGCGUGCUGGGACCGAGGGCUGGCUGGUGUUUGAUGUCACGGCUGCCAGCAACCACUGGUUAGUGGAUCGGAAAUACAACCUGGGGCUGCGACUCUACGUGGAGACAGAUGAUGGGCACAGCAUUGACCCAGGCUCGGCGGGGCUGCUGGGGCGCCGGGGACCCCGCUCCAAACAACCCUUCAUGGUGACGUUUUUCCGAGCAAGUCCCAGCCCCACGCGCGUUUCACGGGCGGCCAAACCCCCGCGGAGGCGGCAGCACAAGAAGACAAAUGACCUCCCACAUCCAAACAAGCUGCCGGGAAUUUUUGACGAUGUCCACGCCACGGAUGGGCGACAGGUCUGCCGACGCCAUGAGCUCUACGUCAGCUUUCAGGACCUUGGUUGGCUGGACUGGGUGAUUGCCCCACAGGGUUACUCAGCCUACUACUGCGAGGGGGAGUGCGCCUUUCCCCUGGACUCCUGCAUGAAUGCCACCAACCACGCCAUCCUGCAGUCCCUGGUCCACCUGAUGAAGCCCGAGGCCGUGCCCAAGGCUUGCUGUGCCCCCACGAAGCUCAGUGCCACCUCCGUCCUCUACUACGACAGCAACAACAACGUCAUCCUCAAGAAGCAUCGCAACAUGGUGGUGAAAUCAUGUGGCUGCCACUGA